GGCCUCGCGUGCGCUCUGCGGUUGCCCGCGGACCCGCCCACCUCGCGCGGUUGUCGUGGAGAGGGACGCAGAGUCGACGCCACGGCAGGUGGGUCUGGUCCCUGGAGGCGGAACAGAGACCCUUGAUUCGGCCACUUCCAGGGCGAGCCCCAUAGAGCCCCGUCCUGAAUCCGCCCCCGGAGUCCUGCAGACCUCACCAGCAUGUCUGGCGAGGCGAGCGCACCACCGGUGGCCUCACCCAGGACCCCUCGUCCCGGCAUCCAGAAGUCAUCCGGCUCAGUGGCCAAGAAGGGGGAUCGCGGGGCCAAGGAGAAGCCGGCGACUGUCCUGCCGCCGGUGGGCGAGGAGGAGCCCAAAAACCCUGAGGAGUACCAGUGCACCGGCUUCCUGGAGGUGGACUUCGCCGAACUCUGCACGCGGUGGGGCUACACGGACUUCCCCAAAGUGGUCUCCCGGCCCCGCCCGCACCCGACUUUCGUCCCCUCCGCUUCUACGUCGGAAAAGCCCACCAUAGACGAUCAGCGGCUGUCGGGGUCCUGCAGCCUCAACAGCCUGGAGAGCAAAUACGUGUUCUUCCGGCCCACCAUCCAGGUGGAGGUGGAGUCUGAGGACAAGUCGGUGAAGGAAAUCUACAUCCGCGGUUGGAAGGUUGAGGAGAGGAUCCUGGGUAUCUUCUCUAAGUGUCUGCCUUCCCUCAGCCAGUUGCAGGCCAUCAACUUGUGGAAGGUGGGGCUGACUGAUAAGACCCUGACCACCUUCAUCGCCCUCCUGCCUCUCUGCUCAUCCACGCUAAGGAAGGUGUCUCUGGAGGGGAACCCGUUGCCGGAGCAGUCGUAUCACAAGCUCAUGGCAGUGGACAGCACGAUCGCGCACCUGUCUCUGCGGAACAACAACAUCGACGACCACGGGGCGCAGCUCCUGGGCCAGGCUCUGUCCACGCUGCACAGCUGCAACCGGAACCUGGUGUCGCUCAACCUGGCCUUCAACCACAUCGGGGACGAGGGCGCGGGCUACAUCGCGGACGGCCUCCGGCUCAACCGCUCCCUGCUCUGGCUGUCCCUGGCCCACAACCGCAUCCAAGACAAGGGCGCCCUGAAGCUGGCCGAGGUCCUGCGCCCCUUCGAGCUGACGCACACCGAGGUGGUGGAGCGCCGGCGCCUCCUGCUGGAGAAAGGGUCGCAGGAGCGCUCGCGAUCGCCUUCCAACUCCCGACACGGGGACUCCAAACCGGAGCGUGAGAAGAAUCAGCUGAUGGGGGUCAGCAGUUUUGCAGUGGUGGACAAGACAGACAAGACGCAGGCCAUGAAGACCCCUAAGGGCCUGGGCAAGAAGAAGGAGAAGUUGGGGGAAGUAGUGAAGAAAGAGGAGAAGUCAGGGACAGGGCAGUCGCCCACCCAAGGAACCCCUAAGAAGGAAGAUUCCACAAAGGCCAGCAAGGGGAAGGUAACCAUCCCUGAGCAGAAACCAGGCAAGGGGAAAGGGACCAAGAGCGGAAGCAAAGAGAAACGCAGCAUCCUCCUGGAGUCAGAGCACCUGGGACAAAGCCUGGACUAUAGCCGGCCCUCAAAACAUCUGGUUGGGGAAGCUACUGAGAUGGUCAACCCUCUCCUGGAGCCUGUGGAGCACCGAGAUGGGAAAGUUUUCAUGCCUGGGAACAAGGUCCUUUUGCACCUCAACCUUCUCCGAAACCGCAUCACAGAGGUGGGGCUGGAGGCCUUCCUCACCGCAGUGCAGUACCAGGUGCAGUUCUCCAAGUCCAAGAGCGCGUCCAAGGGCCCUGUGGGACUGCUGUGGCUGUCCCUGGCGAAAAACUACUUCUCCCCACAAUGUCCUGCGUAUGCCAUGAUCCAGGAACUGAUGCUGCCAAGGGAUCCUAUCAGCAAGGCCAAGCACAGAGAGGAGGAGGCCAUGGCUUCCUCCUAGCCCCCUCCCACCUUCUUCCCAGAGAUCCUGGGCCAGGAAGCACAUCUCUUUCCAUGUGUGGCUACACCUCCCUGGGGAGAGCUCAGAUCAUUAACAAAGCCUGUUGCUGUACUUUU